AUGACAAUCAAGGAAAAGCGGGAACCCCAGAACCCACGCUACAACGCACGCAAGACUCCCGAAACAAUCGAGAAAGCGCGGGAGCGCUCAAGGGUACACCGUGAAAAGCGGCGUUACGAGGGCCCAGAAGCCUACAAACAACGCGCGCAUGCCGCCUAUGUAAAGUACUUGCAACCAAAACUUCUCACCGAUCCAGAGAGGUACCACGCGAAAAUUUCAGAGCACCACGCGAGACGUCAUCGGAUUGAGCGCUAUCGCAGAGGCCAGAUUCUGAAGCAGUGGUUCUUUAAACAUGCCUGGGUGCGCGACGAGCUGCCGUGGAAGUCGCAUCGUCCUGUUCUCUACGACCAAAACACUGGACAUUACUGCGCUGGUUGUGAGUGGACAAAGUAUGGUGGCAGACGCUUGUGGUUCAAGAAUUUGGUCGAUGAGAGCUACCUGUGUCAAAGCUGCUAUAUUCCGCCCAGCCCUGACUGGGACCAGAUAAUGCCCAAAGGCUACGAGGACAUCAAGACCCUUAAGGAUCUGAAAGCACGAAAGCAACAGCUUGACGGAUCUGGAGCACCGCCGUCUCGAUAA